AUGAAUGGACGUGUGCCUCCAGCAUCAAAUCGUGAUCCGGCUCCGGCUCCUGUUUCACGAUUAUCAUCGCGCUCUAAUGAAAAGACGCCAGUCGCAGAAGGGGGCUCUGGAUUUGAUGCGGAUUCGGCCAAGUCUUCAGAGUCUUCGACACUAACCGAAACACAGCAGCAGAGGCCGAGUGAGUCCGAGAUCGCGGCCGCAAAACGGCAAUGCGCCAUGGAUAUCUUAUCUCUAAUCCCCCGCCCCAUUGCACGAGCAUUUUUCUGUAUAACGGCAGAUGACAUCGUUGCAGAGACGAAUCGGCGUCUGGAGAGCCAAAAGAAGAGUAGUAAUAGGGUCACAGCGUCCAACGUAGGUGGAAACCCUGAACCGGAACAGGCAUUGCCAACUCGGCAUGACGAAGUGGAGGAGUCCUUACUUCUUUCCGCAAUCGAGAAUGACAUUCUCGACCCGUUCUCAGACGAAUACUGCAACAAACAUCUCGUCUUUUCUAUAAUCGAGACCGUACUGGUCAGACUUCUCCCAGAGCUUUCGGAGCGCGGCAUCACCGAGCUCAUGGAGGAACGAGGGGUGUUUUCAUGA